UUCAAGUUCAACUUCCGUGGAUUAGAGGCCUUUUCCGCUCUCGUCUUUCUCCUCCAUCUUUUUGAGUGUAAUUUCUGUUAAACCAUUAAACCCUACACACGUACUCCACAUUUCACCUCUUCUCCUCCUCUCACGCGAUGAACCCAUCACUUCUCCUCUCUACCAGCCCAUCUCCUAACCGCACCAUCCUUAUACCUCCUUUCCUCAACCCCACCCCUCUACGCCUUUCCACCACGUCUCGCAACCGCCACAACUUCCGGUACAGAAUCUCCACCGUUCGCUCAUCUUCCGAUAGUUCCUCCGCGUCGAGUUCUUCUUCUCAAUCAACUACUACCGCCGCGAUUCCUGUCAAGCCGGAUGUAUUCGGAGCCAAGAGGGAGCCUUCCGGCAUCCAGUCCUUGGUGGACUCCAUGUCACCUCCCGUUAGGAUUGCUUGCUCGGCCGUUAUUGUUUCCGGCGCCAUAGCUGCCGGAUAUAGUCUUGGAUAUCGUUUCGGUGGGUCCCGUAAUGUCGGAUUGGGUGGGGCUGUGGCACUUGGAGCUGCCGGAGCUGGGGCGGCUUACGCUUUGAACUCUUGUGCACCACAAGUUGCGGCUUUGAAUUUGCAUAAUUAUGUGGCUGGCUGUGAUGACCCGUCCGCUCUGAAGAAGGAAGCUAUUGAAGCUAUAGCAAACAAAUAUGGCGUCAACAAGCAGCAUGAGGCUUUCAAUGCAGAGCUCUGUGAUAUAUACUGCCGGUAUGUAUCUGCUGUCAUUCCUCAUGGAAAUGAAGAUCUUAGGGGCAAUGAAGUGGAAACUAUAACAAAAUUUAAAAGUGCAUUGGGUAUUGACGAUCCGGAUGCAGCUACUAUGCAUAUGGAGAUUGGAAGGCGUCUUUUCAGGCAAAGACUUGAAACUGGUGAUCGUGAUUCUAAUACAGAACAGAGACGGUGCAGGCAUUUCAGAAGCUCAUAUAUGUUUCGACGCUUGUAUUUGGAGAUGCAUCAUCUUUCCUUUUACCUUGGAAACGUGUGUUCAAGGUCUCUGAUUCUCAGAUUGAAAUUGCUGUCCGCGACUGUGCACAACGGCUUUAUGCUAACAAACUUAAACCUGUUGACCGAGAUGUUAGUGUGAACCAACUGGUUAAUCUCAGGGAAGCACAGCUUUUUUACCGACUUCCUGAUGAGCUUGCAGAAGGCAUGUUCAGGGAGCAUACAAGAAAGCUUGUAGAAGAGAACAUAUCAAGAGCUGUAACCAUAUUGAAGUCCAGGACAAGAGUACCUGGGGAAGCUACGCUUAUCAUUGAAGAGCUUGACAAAAUUUUGGCUUUUAAUAAUUUGCUAAUUUCAUUGAAAAAGCAUUCUGAUGCUAGUCGUUUUGCACGAGGAGUUGGGCCUGUUUCAUUGUCUGGUGGCAUUUAUGACGAUGAUAAAAAUAUCAAUGACUUAAAACUUCUCUACCAAGCGUAUGUAGCAGACUCUCUAGCAACUGGUCGCAUGGAAGAAAAUAAGUUUACCGCCUUGAAUCAUUUGAGGAACAUAUUUGGUUUAGGAAAAAGAGAAGCAGGGGCGAUUACAUUAGAUUUAACUUCAAAAGUAUAUCGGAAACGACUUGCUCAGGCUGUACGUUCUGGUGAUUUGACAACCACUGAUAGUAAAGCAGUAUACCUUCAGAAUCUUUGUGAAGAGUUGCGUUUUGAUCCACAGAAAGCAAUUGAGAUACAUGCAGAUAUAUACAAGCAAAAGCUUCAGCAAGCAGUCUCUGAUGGAGAACUUAGUGAUGAGCAUGUAAAUUCAUUGGAGCGGUUACAGAUUAUGCUUUGCAUUCCCAAACACACUGUUGAAGCGCUGCAUGCUGAAAUUUGUGGCGUAUUAUUUGAAAAGGUGGUGAAGGAAGCAAUUGCUGGAGGUGUGGAAUGGUAUGAUUUUGAAGUGAAGAAAUCUGUGAGAAAGGCUGCUUAUGGUUUACGCAUAAGCAGGGAAUCUGCAUUGUCAAUUGCUAGUAAAGCAGUACGGAAGAUGCUUAUCAACUAUGUUCAGCAGGCCCGAGCUGCUGGAAACCGCACCGACUCUGCAAAAGAAUUGAAAAAGAUGAUAUCAUUUAAUAGCCUGGUUGUUACCAGACUGGUUGCCGAUAUUAAAGGGGAAGAUGAAGUAACAUCUGAUCCUCCACAGGACGGGGAACCUAUCAAGGAUAAUGAAGAGAAGCAUUCAUAUGAGGAUGAGGAAUGGGAAUCCAUGCAAUCACUUCAGAAAGUAAGGCCGAGAGGCGAAAACUUAAGAAAAGACGUCCAGACCGAGAUAACAUUGAAAGAUGACCUUCCGGAGAGUGAGAGAUCUGACCUUUACAAAACAUACUUGCUGUACUGUCUAUCCGGAGAAAUUACUAUGAUUCCUUUCGGUGGACAAAUUACUACUGAGCGGGAUGACUCCGAGUUUGUCUUAUUAAGCCAGCUGGGAGUCAUCCUUGGGUUGACCGAUAAAGAGAUAGUCAACAUACAUCGUGGCUUGGCUGAGCAAGCAUUUAGGCAAAAAGCAGAGGUCAUUUUAGCUGAUGGACAGUUAACGAAGUCCAAGAUGGAACAACUGAAUGAAGUUCAGAAGAGUGUUGGUCUGCCACCUCCUUAUGCACAAAAGAUCAUACAGAGCAUAACAAGUACUAAACUGGGUGCAGCACUUGAAACUGCUGUUGGUCAGGGAAGGUUAAGUGUAAAAGAAGUAAGAGAAUUGAAAGAAGCCGGGAUUGAUAUAAACACUAUGAUCUCUGUGAGCUUACGCGAAAAUCUGUUCAGAAAAACAGUGGAUGAUGUGUUUUCCUCGGGUACUGGAGAGUUUGAUGAAGAAGAGGUGUACGAGAAGAUCCCUACAGAUUUGAAUAUUAACCCCGUGAAGGCAAAAAGGGUCGUACAGGAGCUUGCCCGUACUAGGCUAUCAAAUUCACUCAUUCAGGCAGUGGCGCUUCUUAGGCAGAGAAACCAUAAAGGAGUGGUAUCUUCUCUCAAUGACCUGUUAGCAUGUGACAAGGCUGUCCCUUCAACUCCGUUAUCAUGGGAAUUGCCGGAGGAAGUUGCUGAUCUCUUUGUCAUAUAUCUUCAAAGCAACCCGGCAACUGAAAAGGUCUCUAGGUUACAGUACUUGCUGGAUAUAAGUGAUUCUAAGGCAGAAACAUUAAGAAGCUUCCCGGGUAGAGCAGUAUUAAAUGAGGUUGAAGAGGAAGAAGAGUUUGCUUUCUGAAAUCUGUUGCUAUGUUUGUAGCCCAUGAUGAGUUGCCUCACCAGAUGUCUCAUGUCUGCCUGUUCAUUGCUUUUUUAAUUAGUCUCAGUUUUGUAAUGUAACAUUAUUAGGAUAGAUGAAUCGGUGGAUGUUGGUCCUGGUUUCGAUGCUUCCGCAAUUUUCAUUCACAUAUAGCUCUAUUAUUGUAUUUGCUGCAAUAUUAAUAAGAACUCAUUUUUUUAUAGUAUAUUUGUCUGCGUGAAUCAA